UGCUAUGAACAGACAAGAACAAGAAUUAGAAGAGUUUAGAAACGCAUGGCGUCAAGAAGUUAUACAAAAGAGACAACAACAACAAACAGGAGAGAAUAAGCCUUCAAUAGCUGAGAAACGACUCUCGGUUGCCGAGUCAAGUUUGGCAGAGAUAAUAGAUAAAGCAGAAUCAUUGGCACUUACUGAUAAAGAACCCGUGACAGCAAUGGAUCAUUAUGUGUUGGCCGUUGAUAACGAAAGACAAGGAAAGCUUGGCCAAGCAUUGGAUAGCUAUCGUCGUGCUUUUAAAUUAGAUCCAGAUAUAGACUUUGCAUACAAGAAGCAUUAUCAAAAUACAAUAUCUAAGCAUCAUGAAGCAGCACCACCUGCCACGACAAAGGAAGAUAAGUUCAAGCACAUUGUGCCGAUUGGAAAUGAAUACGUUGCGCCUUCUUUAUCAGUGCCAAAAGAUCCAUUGGCUCAUUUGAUAGAAGAGUUUUCUACUCAAGAUACUUCGUAUAUACCCAAACUAGACUACAAACCUGUUUCUAUAGCUAAAUUACCAGGCGAAAUCAUGCUUUAUAUACUACGCUACCUUGCACUCCACAACCUAUCGACUAUUCCUCAUUUUGCACUAACCUGUAAAAAAUUCUUCUUGUACAGCAGAGACCCUUCAGUCUGGCAAUACGCUUGUGUCCACACAUUCCGAUUACCCUCCAUGACCCUUGAGGAAUCCAAAGCAUAUCAAACCAACCAAGUGAUGCGACACUACGGCGGACAGUGGUUGCGAAUGUUUAUCGAUCGACCACGCAUUCGAUAUGACGGAGUGUACAUCUCAACCUGUCACUAUAUUCGACCAGGUACCUCAGAAACAACCUGGAACCGACCGAUCCAUUUUGUGACAUAUUAUCGAUACUUGAGAUUCUUCCCCAACGGCACAAUCCUGAAACAUGUCACAACAGACGAGCCAGCUCAGGUCGUUCGAUUGCUUCAGCCGGGAUUCCAUCGUCAACAGGUCUUUAUUGGCGAGUUUGUGCUGGAGGAUGACGAUCAUGUACUGAUCGAUAUGAAUGAUCCUUUAUUGCCUAGCGAGAGCUUCCAUAUGUCAUUGAAACUCAAAACGACACAUCGAGGAAAGCAUAACAAGUUGAUUUGGGAAGAGUAUAGGAGUUCGUCUUUAGUGCCUGAUAGAGAUGAUUAUGUGCAUGAUUUGAAGCUGUUGAAACCUUACUUUUUCAGUCCGGUUAGAAGCUAUCGAGUGGAUUAUUCGGAUGAUCGUGAUCAAGAUUAUUUAUAUUUUUAAUACAUAAACUUGUUGGGGACCUUCUUCCUAAUAGAAUGCCUUUGUUUUUGUACGUGUGUUUUGGUAUUUAUCUCCCUUCUUUGAUGUACCCGAGUAUCAAAGCAAAGAUCUCAGUGUAACAAAAGUAUAUCAUAAUAUCAUUUUGAUUAUCAGACAUUGAUUGUCUC